AUGGCUUCCUUGGCCGCUUCCGCACCAACCAACAUUCCCGUCAGGGAUGGUCCCCCGUCACAAUCUGACGGUCAGCUACCCAGCUUCAUCGUCGAGAGAAACCAGCUAUUCGAAGAACUGAAGAAGAAACACGACGAUACCGUAGCCUCGAAGCCUCGGAAUCCAAUCACUGUGUCGCUCACAGCUGGCCCGGACAAUAUCACUGAAGUCUCUGCUACCGCUUGGGAGACCACACCGGGUCAACUGUUGAAGCACGUUGCCAAGGUCAUCGCUUCCGAGGCAGUCGUCGCCAAGGUCAAUGGCGAGGUCUGGGAUCUGACCCGACCUCUGGAGGCCGACUGUGCCGUGUCGUACUUGUCGUCAAAGGAUCCCGAGGGUCGUGCUGUCUUCUGGCACUCGGCCGCACACGUGCUCGGCGAGGCUUGUGAACACCAGUUUGGCUGCAUGCUGUCCCAUGGGCCCCCAACCAAUAUGGGCUUCUUCUACGACAUGGCCAUGCAGGAGGGCGAUGCCGUCAAGGAGACUGACCGCCCAGCCCUCGAGGCUUUAGCGAAGAAGUUCUUUAAGGAGAAGCAGCCAUUCGAGCGAGUCGAGAUUGCCAAAGAGGACCUACGAAAACUAUUCGGCUACUCCAAGUACAAGAUGCACUAUAUUGAGAAAUUCGUCCCUGAUGGCGGCUCCACCACCGUGUACCGCAACGGCUCCCUCGUCGAUCUCUGCACCGGCCCGCACAUCCAGAAUACCAAGCAGAUCUCCGCCUUCAAGAUCAUGGGCAACAGCUCAGCUUACUUCUUGGGUGAUCAGACCAACGACUCCUUGCAGCGUAUCUCUGGCGUUGCCUUUCCCAAGAAUGACCAAAUGAAGGAAUGGCUUACCUACUUGGAGGAGGCCAAGAAGCGCGACCACCAGCUCAUUGGAAAGAACCAGAAACUGUUUUGGUUCAGUCCGCUCUCCCCAGGCUCGCCAUUCUUUCUCCCUCACGGCACUCGCAUCUUCAAUGCCAUCCAGGCAAUGCUUCGAGAACAGUACUGGAUGCGUGGGUACGACGAAGUUCAUUCUCCCCUCAUGUACGAUGUCCAGUUGUGGAAAACCUCGGGCCACUGGGAUCACUACCAGGAGGACAUGUUCCCUGUGCCAUUAAAGCACACUCAUGCUCCAGCGCCGGAUUCCGCAGCAACUUCUGCGCCAGAUGCUGGCAACAACACCGACAAACCGGCCGGCAAAGACGCCGAGCAUGGCGGGCAAGUUGCAAAAUUGGAACAGGAGAGGUUAUUUGCCCUGAAACCAAUGAACUGUCCUGGUCACGCUCUCAUGUUCGCCAGUGAGGAGCGUUCCUAUCGAUCUCUUCCCUGGCGAGUCGCCGACUUCAGCGUUCUGCAUCGCAAUGAAGCCUCUGGCGCGCUUACCGGUCUUACUAGAGUCCGCAAGUUCCAGCAAGAUGACGCGCACAUAUUCUGCACCCUCGACCAAGUCACUGAUGAGCUCCGGGGCCUGUUCAAAUUCAUGACGCACGUGUACACCAUGUUUGGAUUCCCUUUCAAGUUGAAGCUCUCCACUCGUCCAGAUUCCUACAUGGGAAAGCUGUCCGACUGGGAUGCAGCCGAGGAUCGACUUAAGAAGGCUUUGCAGGAAUUCAAGGGCGAUGACUGGGCUAUUAAUCCCGGUGACGGUGCCUUCUACGGACCCAAGAUCGAUGUCACUGUCAAUGAUGCCCUGGGUAGAGAAUUCCAGUGCGCCACUAUCCAGCUUGACUUCCAGCUGCCACAAAACUUCAACCUCCUCUACCGCACCAACGAAUCUACAGCCGAUCGCGUCAGGGGAGAGGGAGAGGAGGAGAGCGGCAUCCCCUCUGGCAUGGCGAGACCCGUCAUGAUCCACCGAGCUGUCAUCGGCUCCUUUGACCGUUUCAUGGGCAUCAUCAUUGAGCAUUUUGCGGGCAAGUGGCCUUUCUGGCUGUCGCCGCGCCAAGUCAUGGUCAUUCCCAUUAUGAAGGAUGCGGAGGACUAUGCCAGGGAGGUGCGGGACCUCUUGCACGACGCGAGGCUCUACGCUGACGUCGAUCUCUCGGGCAACACCCUGCAAAAGAAGAUUCGUGCCGCUCAAUUGGCUCAGUACAACUUUGUUAUGGUUGUGGGUGCCGAGGAAAUUGAGAAGCGAGCGGUGAACAUACGAAACCGGGAUGAUCCCUCAAGUCAGCAAAAAGGCGCCAUGGUUGAUCUCGAUGAUGUUAUCAAGCGCCUUGUAGAGUUGAAGGCCGAGAGACGAUUGGUAAACGCCAUCUGA